AUGGCAGGAGAUGAAGCUUCACCCACUCUUUCACCUACUCUUCCUCUAUCUGGUUCGUCCAGUUCUGGAGUCACAACAUACACAAAUCACCCUUAUUCUUUGCAUUCAUCUGAUGCACCUGGGAUGACUCUGGUGAACUCACCUUUUGAUGGAAGAGGUUAUCCAGGCUGGAGAAGGUCAGUAUUGAUUGCUUUGUCAGCCAAGAAUAAGAUUGGGUUCAUCAAUGGUGCCUGUGUUGAACCAGAUCUGGCGUCUAAGGAACACCCUCAAUGGAGUAGGACAAAUUAUAUGGUAACCUCUUGGUUACUAAACUCACUUUCCAAAGAGAUAGGAGACAACGUGAUUUACUCAAAGACUGCUCAAAGUCUUUGGGACGGCCUUGAACAUAGGUUUGGGCAAUCAAAUGGUGCCAAACUUUAUCACCUACAAAAGGAAAUUGCAAAGUCAGUACAAGGAAACAGCAGCAUAGCAGGAUAUUUCACAACACACAAAAGGUUGUGGGAUGAGCUGGACUCUCUCAACUCUUAUUUGGAAUGUACUUGCAACUGUCAUGUGAAGGGAAGAAGAAGGUGGCAAAGUUCUUGGAGGAUCAAAGGAUCAUUCAUAUUCUCAUGGGAUGAAGGUCAAAGGGAGGUAUACCUCAGCCCUCACUACCCAACAGAUAGAGCAACAUUUAUGGCAAACACACAAAAUAAGAUAACACAAAGAAACAAUGGUUCAAGAGGCUGGAAUCCUACACAAAAAUAUGGGAAUCAACAGCAGAAAUCCAAGGGAAGAAAGACCAAAUUCAACCCUAAUGCAAUAUGUACUCACUGCAUGAAGACAGGGCAUGUUAGGUCAGACUGCUACAGGUUGAUAGGGUUUCCUGAAGAUUUUCAGUUUACCAAAGCAGGGAAUUAUCAAGGCACAAUCAAAGGAAAUGCAGUGAUGGGAAGCCAAGAAGGAGCAGAAAUGGAAGUUACUCCAAAUGAAAGAACUGGGAACAUCCAGAAUCAACUCUUCAGCAAAGAACAGGUUUCAGAGCUAGUGAAUCUGAUAAAGCAAGUACAGAUUGGAGGAGCAGCAAAUACAGGAGCUAAAAUCAAUGCAAAUGCAGUUGCUGGUACUAUACUUAAGUAUUCUGGAACCUGCCUCGCUGUUUUUAACACUAAGACUUGGAUAAUUAAUUCUGGAGCUUCAGAGCAUAUGUGCUUUGAUUCAAAUUCUUUCCUCAAUUUAACACCUCUUCCUGUCCCUUUACAUAUUGGCUUACCUAAUUCAUUUCAAUUACAUGUCACACAUAUUGGAAGUGUUUGCAUACAGCCUGACAUGACACUCAACAGAGUCCCUUUAAUGAGGAGGGGACAAGUUUUUGGUGAAGUAAGGGAUGAAAGACAGUUUAACAAGAAAGUGAAGAAGAUAAGAUCAGAUAAUGCACUGGAAUUAGGAAAAGGCACACAAGAAUCCAAUUUUCUACUUGAACAGGGAAUCCUACAUGAAACUUCUUGUGUUGCCACACCACAACAAAAUGGCGUGGUUGAAAGGAAACAUAGACAUCUUCUUGAGGUUGCAAGAGCUUUGAAGUUCCAGUUUCCAUCCAGAAUUUUGAAAGGAAAAACACCUUAUGAGGCCUUCUUUGGUAAGCCACCUACUUAUGAGCACAUAAGAUCUUUUGGGUGCUUGUGUAAUGUCUCUACUUUGAGUCACAACAGAGGGAAAUUUGCUCCCAGGACAACAAGUUGUGUUUUCUUGGGAUAUGCUGCUCAUCAAAAAGGAUAUAAGGUAUUGGAUCUAGCAAGCAGAAAGGUCUUUGUAUCUAGAGAUGUAAGAUUCCAUGAGGAUCAGUUUCCUUUUGCUCAUUCUGCCAGCCCCUCUAUUCCACCUUACUUUCCCUCUACUCCUAUCAUACUUGAUCACUCUCAACCAGCUUCCACACCAUCUCACAUAGAUCAAGGCUCACCUUCUUCUAGUCCCUCCUUCACACCUAACAGCCCUAUUUCGUACAUCAUUCCUCCUCCAAAUGCACCAAGCAAUUGCUCCCCUGAUUAUAUUCCUGCCCCUGUUCCUAACCUAAACCUUCAAGAUCCUUCACUCACUCCUUCACCUAGUCCUGUCUCUCCUUUUCCUCCCAGAUCUAAUCCUAUUGUAUUAAUUCCUACUCCACCUCCACCAAUCAGAAAAUCUGACAGGGUCAGCAAACAACCAGCCUACUUGCAGGAUUAUGUUUGCAACACCAUCAUUCUCUCAGACCUCACAUCUACCUAUUUCACUCAUCCUGCCCAGCCAACUGUUUACUCUUUUGGAGCUUUAUCUCUCCCUAAUCAAAGCUCUUUUAUUCUUUAUCCACUAUCACAGAACCUAGAAGCUUUGCUCAAGCUUCUUCUCACCCAGGAUGGCAGCAGGCCAUGGAUGCAGAAAUUGCAGCCCUUGAGUUAA